GAUGAAGUCCGAGCAGGAAGCUAUCGCCAGCUCUUCCAUCCAGAGCAGCUGAUCACAGGAAAGGAGGAUGCAGCUAACAAUUACGCCUGUGGCCACUACACAGUGGGCAAGGAGAGUACUGAUUUGGUGCUGGACCUUAUUUGGAAGCUCACAGAUGCUUGCUCUGGCUUGCAGGGCUUUCUGAUCUUCCAUAGUUUUGGGGGCGGCACUGGCUCCGACUUCACUUCUCUGCUGAUGGAAUGUCUCUCCCUUGAUUACAGCAAGAAGUCUAAGCUGGAGUUUGCUAUCUACCCGGCUCCUCAGGUGGUGGAGCCCUACUCCAUCCUGACCACCCACACCACCCUGGAGCUCGGAUGUGCUUUCAUGGUGGACAAUGAGGCCAUCUACAACAUCUGCCGAGAACAGCCCACCUACACCAACCUCAACCGGCUCUUCAGCCAGAUCGUCUCCUCCAUCACGGCCUCGCUCCGGUUUGACGGGGCCCUCAAUGUGGACCUCACCGAGUUCCAAACCAAUCUGGUGCCCUACCCCCACAUCCACUUCCCGCUGGUCACCUACGCGCCCAUCAUCUCGGCUGAGAAAGCCUACCACGAACAGCUUUCCAUGGCUGAAAUCACCAACUCCUGCUUUGAGCCCAACAGCCAGAUGGUGGAGAGCCACCGGCAUGGAAAGCGCAUGGCCUGCUGCGUGCUAGGGGGCGACGUGGUGCCCAAGGACGUGAGCGUCGCCAUCGCUGCCAUCAAGACCAAGAAGACCAUCCAGUUUGUCGCCUGGUGUCCCACAGGCUUCAAGGUGGGAAUCAACGACCUGCCACCCACGGUGGUGCCAGGAGGGGAUUAG